AUGCCUCACAGUAAACACGAUGAAUAUACAGCAAACAAGCAAGACAUUGCUUUCACAGAGAUAAAGACGACUAAGCCUCCACAGAAGAAAAGAGUACCUAAAGCCGGGAAGAGCCCAGUAUUGCUAAGUGAAGAGCAGGUAAACUAUGCAGAACUGACAUUCCACAGAUCGCCUCAGCUCCUGCCCCAAAAACGGGUUGUCAGAGGAAAAAGACAAGGCCCCAAAGCAACAGUAUGGAGAAUGGUAACAGGCAUCCUUGGAGCCUUGUGUGUGGUGCUGAUGACAGUCGUGGGGAUCUUACUUCCAAAAUUAUUUUCUAGCCAAGAAGAACAAAGCAGAAAAAGCUUGCUUCAUCUUCUUCUGUGUCCUAGGGAGAAUGACAGUUCCUGUGAUCUUUGCUCACAUGAUUGGAUUGCUUUUGGAAACAAUUUCUAUCGAGGUUUUCAUGGACUCAAAAGCUGGGUAGAUAGUCAGUCUGCAUGUGAGGAACUGAAUUCUCAUCUUCUGGAGAUUGACUCCAAAGCAGAGCUGGAAAACAUACUAUUGUUUGAAAUUGAUGGGUGGAUUCUCCUCAAAACAGAUGAAACAGAGGUUUCCUGGCUGUGGGAAAACACCACUAAAAUAGAGAAAACUCGAAUUAAUGACUCAGAAAAGAAUCAUAGUUGUCAUUAUCUAAAAGGAACACAAAUUUAUUCUGUUGACUGUUCAACUAAGAAACCAUAUACCUGUAAGUUUAAAAUGUUCUGA